AUGUCGUGGACAUCCAAGCAACUCCUCUUUCUGCUUGCAGGUUUCGCUCUUAAUCUGACACUACUUGUUCAUUCCCAAGAUGAUCAAUCAGGAUUCAUUAGCAUUGAUUGCGGCCUCCAGACUGAUUCAGGUUAUUCUGAGAAGAUAACUGGCAUUAACUACAUUUCUGACGCAACCUUCAUAGACACCGGUGCAAGUAAAUCACUGUUACCUACUUACACAGGUAACUAUCAACAGCCAUACGGGUCUGUUAGGAGCUUCCCCGAAGGAACCAGGAAUUGCUACGAGAUAAAUGUUACAAGCGGCAACAAAUAUUUGAUCCGAGCAAGCUUUUUAUAUGGGAAUUAUGAUGGCCAAGAUAAGAUCCCAGAAUUUGAACUGCACCUUGGACCUAAUUUGUGGGAUACUGUUAGCCUUGAAACCUCCGUAUCCACGGACAAAGAGCUCAUAUAUGUCCCACUCCGAAACUAUAUACAUGUUUGUUUGGUGAACACAGGCUCUGGGGUUCCAUUUAUAUCUGCUCUAGAACUCAGGCCUUUACCUAAUGCAUCUUAUCAAACGAAAACGGGGUCAUUGGCACUUGUCUCCCGGUAUGACACGGGCCAAAGACCUAAAAGGAGAGGAUACAGAACGUUGGCUUUAAUUAGGUAUCCAUUCGAUAUUCUUGACCGAUUCUGGUAUGCCUAUAAUGACCUCGAUGAUUGGACACAAUUAAACACCUCAUCCACCAUCAACUCUGAAUCUGACGUACAGUUCCGACUACCAUCAGUUGUUAUGAGUACUGCUUCAACGCCCAAAAAUCCAAGUGAUUCCUUGAGUAUUGUUUUCUCGUUGCCUGACACAAAUGCAGAAUAUUACAGUUACCUGCAUUUUGCUGAAGUUGAGAGGCUCCAACUCAACCAAUCUAGACUGCAAUAUAUUAUCAGGAAUGGAGACCGCACUUUAGAGCCAUUCGCUCCUCCUUACUUGACCUCAUAUGUCAUUGAAAGCAAGGGGGCUUGGAGUACUAAUGCACAAUCUGCUAACAUUUCAAUCGUCGGUGCUGAGAACUCUACCCUUCCACCUAUCCUCAAUGCUUUCGAGAUUUAUAUGGUCAAACAUUUCGUAGAAGCAGAAACAAACCAAGAAGAUGUUGACACAAUCGCAUCGAUCAAGUCAACUUAUAAUAUUAAAAGAAAUUGGCAAGGAGAUCCAUGUGCCCCUCAAGAUUACGUUUGGCAAGGAGUAAAGUGUAACUAUGAAGAAUUUGAGUCACCAAGAAUCAUAUCCUUGAACUUGUCAUCGAGUGGCUUAACAGGGGAGAUAGCUGCUUCUAUAUCCAAUCUCACAAUGAUACAGUCUUUGGAUCUAUCAAACAACAACUUAACAGGACGAAUUCCAGAAUUUUUGUCUAAAUUCCAGAAUUUGACUGUCCUGAACUUGGAGAAGAACAAGUUCACAGGCUUGGUUCCGGUAGGACUGAUUGAAAGAAAGAAUAAUGGUUUUCUAUUAUUAAGUUUCCAACCAUUUGAUCUCAGUUUGUGCGAUAAUCCACAUCUAUCUCGGCAUGGUUCUUGCAAAUUAAAGAAGAAGCACAAUUUCAUUAUUCCCAUAGUAGUGCCAACCGCUGGAAUUUCCAUCCUCUUGUUAGUUGCAGUAGCUAUCAGGUGGUGGAGCCUCAAAAGGAAUAGGCAAGAGGGAGAUGUCAUAGAUGCAAAACCUAGCCCUCAAUACGGGUCAUUAGAAUCAACAAAGCGACAGUUUACAUAUUCUGAGAUACUAAAGAUGACCAACAACUUUGAGAGGGUUCUUGGCAAAGGUGGAUUUGGAACCGUUUUUCAUGGCUACAUGGACCAUACUCAAGUUAAUCUUCUUAUGAGAGUUCAUCAUAAAAACUUGACAGGACUUGUUGGAUAUUGCAACGACGAAACCAACGUAGGGCUUGUCUAUGAGUAUAUGGCCAAUGGAAACUUAUUGAACCAUCUUUCAGAUAGGAGAUCAAGGAUCUUGACUUGGGAAGAUAGACUUCGAAUAGCAACAGAUGCUGCACAAGGGUUGGAGUAUCUGCAUUGUGGUUGUAAGCCACCGAUAAUGCACAGGGAUGUGAAAUCAACAAACAUCUUGCUGAAUGAAAGUUUCGAAGCCAAAAUAUCUGAUUUUGGCCUAUCCAGAAAUUUCCCUACUCAUGAUGGAACUCGUGCAUCCAGCCUUCUUGCUGGCACUCUGGCUACCUUGAUCCUGAAGAGAAUGAAGCCAUUCCUCUUUCCACUGCUUGGUGGCUUUGCUUUUAUGCUCCUCCUAGUUCAUGCCCAAGAUGAUCAAACAGGCUUUAUUAGCAUAGACUGUGGCCUUGCAGAAAAUACCAGCUAUACAGAAAAGAUGACAGGAAUUAACUACAUUUCAGACGAAACCUUCAUAAGCACCGGUGAAAAUAACGUCGUAUUGCAAGAGUACAGAAAUAAGUAUCAAGAGCCCUACAUGUCUCUUAGGAGUUUCCCUGCAGGGAUCAGGAACUGCUACAAAAUCAAUGUCACAAAUGGCACCAAAUAUUUGAUCAGAUCAAGUUUCAAAUAUGGGAACUAUGAUAGGCAGAAUAUAUUGCCAGAAUUCGAGUUGCAACUUGGAACUAAUGUUUGGGAUUCGGUCAAGUUGGAGGAUGCAUCAACCAUUACAAACAAGGAGCUCAUACAUGUCCCUCUAAGAGACUAUAUACAUGUUUGUCUAGUGAACACCGGCUUGGGGAUUCCAUUUAUAUCAGCACUAGAACUGAGGCCUUUACCUAAUACAUCUUAUCAAACACAAACCGGGUCGUUGGCACUUCAAUGGCGGCUUGACACCGGUCAAAUAGCAGCUAAUUUGACAGAAUACAGGUAUCCAGAUGAUGUUCAUGAUCGCUUCUGGUAUGGCUACUAUGACGACAAUUGGAAACAAGUAAUUACCUCGUCCACGAUCGACUCUGAUGUUCACAAUAGUUUCCAGCCCCCAUCUGUUGUCAUGAGCACAGCUGCCACACCAAAGAAUGGAACUGAUGCCUUGUACAUUUCCUGGAUGGAUUUUGAUAACAGUGCAGAAUAUUUUGUUUACAUGCACUUUGCAGAAUUUGAAAAGCUCCAACCCAACCAGUCUAGGCAGUUCAACAUUACUAUGAAUGGAGAGUCCCUUCAUGAGAAAGUUGUUCCUUAUUACUUGUCCUCCUCCACUAUUUACAGCACUAGAGCUUUGAGUACUGGAGGACAAAAUAAUCUUUCAAUCUUUAAGGCUAAGAACUCUACCCUUCCACCAAUCCUUAAUGCCAUCGAGGUGUACACCGUAAAAGAAUUCUUAGAAUCAAGAACAAACCAAGCAGAUGUUGAUGCAAUCACUAGCAUCAAGUCAACUUACAAAAUUAAGAAGAACUGGCAAGGAGAUCCAUGCUCCCCUCUGGUUAACUCAUGGGAAGGUAUAGACUGUAGCAAUGAGCACAGUAGAAUAGUAUCCUUGAACUUGUCCUUCAGCGGAUUAACAGGGGAGAUAGCUCCUUAUAUAUCCAAUCUCACCAUGAUACACAUUUUAGAUUUAUCAAACAACAACUUAACUGGAUCAAUCCCAGACUUUUUGUCUCGACUGCGAAAAUUAAUGGACCUCAACUUGGAGAAAAACGAACUCACAGGUUUAGUUCCCGUAGGACUCAUUCAGAAGAGGAAGGAUGGUUUGCUAUCCCUACGUUUGUGUGAAAAUCCAAAUCUAUCCGGACAAGUUUCGUGCAAAAAGAAGAAGCAGAGUAUCAGUAUUGUCUUGGCAGUGUCAAUCCCUGGAAUUUUCAUCCUCUUAUCAACUGUAUCAGCUGUUUUAUGGGCGGGCUUUAAAAGGAAAAAACAACAUGCCCAUUGUGAUGAUCCUUUUGAUGUAGAGGUGAUGCAGAAUUCCAACCAAAGCAGUUUAUUGGAGGCAGAGGGCCAACGCUUUACAUACCCAGAGAUUGUGGAGAUUACCAGAAAUUUUGCAUCAAUAAUUGGAAGAGGCGGAUUCGGAGAAGUCUACUUUGGCACUCUGCAAAAUCAGACUCAAGUUGCUGUCAAGUUACUGAUUUCAUCGUCAACACAGGGCUCAAAAGAAUUUGAAAAUGAGGUUAAACUGUUGGUGAGAGUUCAUCAUAGAAACUUGGUUUCUCUGGUUGGGUACUGUGAUGAAGGGGAGACUAUGGCACUUGUUUAUAAUUUCGUUGCUAAUGGAAAUUUGCAACAGCGUUUAUCAGCUGAUGUAACUUUACACGUUUUGACCUGGAAGGAGAGACUUCAAAUUGCAGUUGAUGCAGCACGAGGACUGGAUUAUCUACACAAUGGCUGCAAGCCAUCAAUAGUACAUAGAGAUCUAAAGACUUCAAAUAUCUUGCUAAAUGAAAAUCUUCACGCCAUGAUAGCCGAUUUCGGUCUUUCUAAAGUUCUUGCAACUGAAAGUGCCACUCAUGUAUCAACUGACCCUAAAGGAACAUUUGGGUACCUUGAUCCUCAAUAUUACAACACAGGAAAGCUGAACAAAAAGAGUGAUAUAUACAGCUUUGGGAUUGUGUUGCUAGAGCUAAUAACUGGUAGAGCAGCAAUAAUAAGAGAUGUAGAAACUGAACCUAUUCACAUAUGUCGAUGGGUGAGUCCAAAUUUUGAGACUAUGGAAAUUGAAAGUAUCGUGGAUUCAAGAAUACAAGGGACCUACAACACCUCUUCUGCUUGGAAAGCUCUACAACUUGCCAUGGCAUGUGUGUCUUUAAAAGCAAUCCGAAGGCCUGAUAUAACUUUUAUCUAUAAGGACUUGAAGGAAUGUUUGGAAAUUGAGAUGUCCUCUGGAAGAACACAAAUUGUAGGGAACGAUGAUACAAGUUCAAGCAGCUCAAUUAGAAUGGCCUCCCAAAUUGAGUUAGAAACAAGUUCAAGCAGCCCAGUUAUUAUCUCUAUAUAG